AAACACAACGGAAAGACCUCUAACCUAAACUAAUCCCAAACCCCAAAAUCCCUUGACUUCAUCUAAAACCACAGAGGGUCUUCGUUAAUUUUCCAAUAUGUAAUGAUUUAAUAUUAUUAUGAUGAGGAUCCAAAGCCGAUCAGCUGGCAAGAUCUGUAAUAAUUAAGUAGGAUUUCAUUAGAGCACCUUCGUCGCUUCGAGUCGACUCAAAAGAAAAUAAUGAUAUGCUCAAAUUAUCUACUCAAAAUCUCUCCCUUCUCCUUCUGUCUCUUCAAUUUCAGUUCCAAUGGCGACAAUUAAUAAAACCCUAAAGACCAAACCAAAACCCAGAUCCCCAAUUCUCACUCUUUUUAUUUUCCUUGCUGCCAUUGCCUUGCUCUGUUUGUUUUUCUCUCUGGUUUCCACUAAUGGGUUCUCCUUGUCGUCUACGAAGAUCACUCUUAAAAACUUGAUGAGUCCCGGAAACAAGAAUUCGAGAACUCAUGUGCUCCCUGACAAGAUCUUGUAUUGGGGAAACAGAAUUGAUUGCCCUGGCAAGCAUUGCGAGUCCUGUGAAGGUCUGGGUCAUCAAGAAUCUAGCCUCAGGUGCGCCCUUGAAGAGGCUAUGCUCUUAAAUAGAACUUUUGUGAUGCCUUCUAGGAUGUGUAUCAAUCCAAUACACAACAAGAAGGGGAUCCUUCAUAACUCCGACAAUGCGAGUUCGCAGGAAAGGUGGGCAGCAAACUCUUGUGCCAUGGACUCUUUGUAUGACAUUAACCUCAUAUCCCAAACUAUACCUGUCAUUUUAGACAAUUCAAAAAUGUGGUAUCGGGUAUUAUCUACAAGUAUGAAGUUGGGAGCUAGAGGGGUUGCCCAUGUGGAAGGGGUCUCUAAAGUUCAUCUCAAAGAGAACGGUUUCUACUCAAAUCUCUUGCUCAUAAAUCGAACAGCAAGUCCUCUUUCGUGGUUUAUGGAGUGUAAGGAUCGGAAGAAUCGCAGUUCCAUAAUGUUGCCAUAUUCAUUUUUACCCAGUAUGGCAGCACCGAAAUUAAGGGAUGCAGCAAACAAGGUCAAGGCACUUCUUGGCGAUUAUGAUGCCAUCCAUGUCCGUCGGGGUGACAAAAUAAAAACCAGGAAGGACAGGUUUGGUGUUGAGAGGACCCUACAUCCUCACCUCGACAGGGACACACAUCCAGAGUUUAUCAUGCGCAGGAUUGAAAAAUGGGUCCAACCUGGACGAACUCUUUUUAUUGCUUCAAAUGAGAGGACUCCUGAUUUUUUCGCACCUCUAUCAGUCAGGUACAAUAUGGCAUAUUCUUGGAAUUUCAGUCGCAUUAUCGAUCCCUUGAUCGAGAACAAUUAUCAGUUGUUUAUGAUUGAGAGACUAAUAAUGAUGGGGGCCAAAACAUUCAUCCGAACGUACAAAGACGAUGAUACAGAUCUCAGCCUGACUGAUGACCCAAAGAAGAACACCAAGAGCUGGCAAAUACCUGUUUAUACCAUGGACGAAGAGGGAAGCUGAAAAUACAUCUGUUAAGAGUUCUCCUAUACAAUAUAUUCAUAGCAGUACCGCUUCUUUUUUUUGUCUAGCUGUACAGCGCUUGAGCGAAGAAUCAUAAUCUCGGGAGAAAUAAGGGUGUUGCUGAUAUUUUGCCAUUGUAAAUUUUGGUACUUAAUUCUGACAAUACAAACCUCAAUUGUCUAAUUGAAAGGAAUUGCAAUCUGUGAUGUACGUCGGCAGAAGAUAUAAGAUUUUUUUUUUCUUAUUUA